AUGUCUGAGCAUUUUACUUCUAUCGAAAAGGCCUUGGAAGCCUUCAAACAGAACAAAUUCUUGAUGGUCCUGGACGAUGAAAGCCGGGAAAACGAAGCGGAUCUUAUCUGUGCCGCUGAGGGCAUUUCCCGCGAGCAAAUGGCCUUUUUGGUGCGCUACUCUUCGGGCUACGUUUGCGCUCCUUUGAGCAACACUGUGGCAGAUCGCAUCGACCUUCCUCUAAUGCGAGACAUGGAUGUUAAGUCUUCUAAGGAUGAUCGUCAUGGCACAGCCUAUACGAUAACCUGCGAUUUUGCUGAGGGAACUACUACAGGAAUUUCCGCCCAUGACAGAGCCCUUACAUGCAGGAAGCUGGCCGAUGCCUCUACAAAACCCUCGGAUUUUCUCAAACCAGGCCACAUAGUUCCUCUCAGAGCCGUUGACGGUGGUGUCUUGCAAAGAGACGGCCACACCGAAGCAGCAGUUGAUUUGUGCAAACUGGCUGGCAAAGCACCUGUUGGUGUCAUUUGUGAGCUGGUAAGAGACGAAGAUGGACUUAUGAUGAGGUUGGACGACUGCAUCAAAAUGAAGCAGAAAUUCGGAAUCGACAUCAUAACUAUUGAACAAUUAAAGGAGUACCGGCUACGCAAUCAGCAAUAA